UUUUGUGGUCGUUUCUUCCUCUCGCGGGCUUUGCUCUGAUAUGGCGGCAGGCUUCGAAACUCCGGCUCGGUUCUCCUGUUUUAAACUUUAAAAACUGGAUAUAACUCAAGGAAAUUAAAUGCGUCAACUCUGUCACAGAUUAGCUGGGUAGCCUUGUGGGGCUGAGACGCCGUGGUCAUGUCAUCUCCAGGCGGGCUGCAGUUCUCCCAGCUGGACUUCCUGGCCCGCUGGAUGCCGAGCAGCUCCAGAGCCGGGGUGAUCCUCAACCCUUCCCCUGACCUGGCCGGCUCCCUGCGGCGCGUCUCGACCGCGAGCUCGCCUCCCCGAGACCCGGACGACUCCUUCAGCUCGGACUUCGCCCCCCUGCCCGCCUCCCCCAGCAGCAGCUGCCUCAGUUUGGAUGGAGCAGGAGGAGGUGGAGGAGGAGGAGGAGGCAGGACUGUGAGCACGCCGUACUCUGCAGCUCAGAGACGCUCAGCCGGUCACCUGGACGGUUUGGAGUCGAUGGAAAGCACAUCCCAGGAUCUGAGCCUGAUCAUGAAGCUGGAACAGUUGAAGCAGUGGCAGCAGCACAUGCAGGAGCAGCUUAAGGCCCAUCAGCUGGAGGAGCUGCUUCAGCUCCAGGAGGAGCAGCAGAGGCUGCUGGGAAUGAUGAACCCGUCCCCACAAUGCAGAAGAGAUUACACAGAGAGAUCAGGGCUGUCAGGAACAGAGUGGGCAGAGCACACUCUUCAGGAGGCGUGUCCUUACCCAGAGGGCCCACACAGCCCCACCACAAAGACCUGUGGAGUCCCUCAGGGCUCGUCCUGCGGCCCCCGACAGGAGCCGAGGUCCCCGCAGGCAAGGAGGCUGCUGGAGCUGCACAGAGAUGAAAACCAGGCAGAGGCAGGCAUGUGGAACAUCAGAGAAGACUGCCAGGAUCAAAGUGACGAUGACAGCCAUCAUGAGGAGCAUGAUGCCACAUUAUUGUCCCAGAAUGGUUUGACUGUGAAUGAAGAUGUCAGCAGAGAAGAAGAUAAAGACUUACAGGACAGGCCCAUCAAGCCAGGCAUUGGGGGUCAUACGCAGACGUUUGAGGAGCUGCUGGAGGAGCAGCUGAGGCUGGAGGAGCAGAGGCAGCAGCAGCAGCAACAGAACAAAGAUGUAGCUGAAGCGUUGAAAGCACCUCCAAAGAGAGCCUUCCUGAAGCGAGGUGAGGGCCUUUCCAGAUUCACCAACAAUCGCAAAGCCUUCUUACCGAAAAAGGAAGAGAAGAAGGAACCCAAGCCACUCCAGGCCCGGGGAAUCUCCCGCAGCAACUCAGAGCCUGCAAAUAUCCAGAGAAGCAGCACAAACAGCGGCCAGCGGCUUGCAGUCCAGCGUAAAACUGCCGUUCUCAACAAGGAAAACCGUCGGAGAGGCUCUUAUUCGCCGCCUCAGGACAUCAGAGCCGACAGCAAGGCAGCGAGGCCGAAGGUUCUGGGUAGCCACCAAAGACAGAACACAGAGGGAACUGAGUCUGGUCGGAUCAAACCGGUGAAGCUGCUCAAUCUGAGGCAGCAGGUGAUGGCACAGAGCAGGACGAGGCUGGGUCAGGUGGCACAGACCACCAAGAAACCCGGAGCUCAUCACGUGAUCAAACAGGCCAGCCAGGCUGAGAGCGCCACCGCCACGGAGCACAGGUGUGACUCAAGACUGGAUUCAGCAGAAGGAAAAACAGGGUCAGAAGAGGGAGGAGGAGGCGGAGGAGAAGUAGCUCCAGAACAUUCCUUUGAGUUGUCGUUCCAGGAGAAGCUCCAGCGCUGGGACUGCGACCGGCAGAUGGAGAGCAUGGAGCUGGGAGAGUUUGAGCUGCUGGAGCAGGCGGCGGAGGAGCUGUCCUUCUCCUCCAACUCCUCCUUUGUCAUGAAGGUUCUUCAGAUGGACCAGCAGCACCGGCAGCUGUGGGCGGCUCAGGGGCUCCAUCAGCGCCGGCUCUCAUCCACACCCAUCAAAUCCCCCAAUACCUUUCCUCCCACAGCGGCUCAGAGGAGCGGCGGCGGCGGUGGCGACGGCGGUGGUGUGACGUGUAAGAGCAGCUCCUCAGACUCAGAUUUGUUGGCGGUGAAGGACGAUAAGAACAAAGUUAGUGAUAAAGGCCAGGAGGAAGACGAUGGAAGUGAGAUCUCUGAAGUCUGCUCCAGCACUGGCUCCGAAUUCGGAGACCAGGAACUGGUGGCUGAGCAGCCAGCAUUUCCCAGCACGCUCUGCUUCCCCGCACAGUCUAACCCACCGUACGACAAGCGGUCGUACCAGGACGGGGACGACUGUGGGGAGGCGGCUUCAGACGUGACGGGGAGGGACGACGGCAGCGAGAGCGACGGCGUCCUGAGCAACACCGAGGACUCCACUCUGAUCGAGGAGAGAGGCGGCCAGCGGGGUCGACUGCUGUUCGACGACAACGACACAUGGAACGACAUGGAGGACGCCACCGGCGGCCUGGCCAAUCACAGCACAGGAGCCAGCCCUGUUUCCAAGGUGACAGCCAGUGUGUUCUCUCCACCUGAAAGGGCGCUAACAAGGAAGGUAGCGGCGAGCAAAGGGGUGGAGCUUGAUAAGGUCUGUGCAGCCAAUCAGCAGCCAGAAGCCACUCCGACCACCUCCCAGCUCUUGGUGAGGCUGUUUCCUUCACUGAAGCCAAAUACCCAGAAUGCACCUGCACCUCCUCCUGCUCCUGCACCUCCUCCUGCCGCUCCUGAGCCCAGAAGGACCGAGGAGGCGCCAGGCCAGCAGGUGCAGUCCAGGCAGCUGAGGGAGAGGCUGGUCGAGCUGGAGAUCGAGAUCGAGCGUUUCAAGAAGGAGAACGCUGCCCUGACCAAACUGAGGCAGGAGAACGAGAGGAACCAGGAGAACCUCAGGAGGGAGCGCGUGGAGUUUGAGAGGAUGAAGGAGGAGGAGCUGGCCCGGCUGGAGGAGCACAAGAAGGAGGAGAGCAGGAAGCUGCAGAAGGAGCGCAAAGUGUUCGAGAAGCACGCCUCGGCCGCCAGAGCCAUGCCCGACAAGAAGGAGCGAGAGGAGAUUCAGGCUCUCCGGCAGCAGCUGAGCUCCCUGCAGGAGGAGCUGAGGAGGCGCGAGGCUCGCUGGUCCUCCACACACGGUCGCCUACGGCAACAGAUCAACACGCUGAGCCAGGAGAACAGCGCCCUGCGGGACGAGGUCAGUACAUUAGAAAAGCUGCGUCUCAGUUCCUGGAAGAAAAUGCAGACCGACUCGGAGAGGGACAAAGAGAAGAAAGAAGGGCCCAAAAUGUUUGACAGUGGAGUGUCGGCCACGACCAAAGGAGUUAAAUUUGCUAGUCCCCUGGACUCGGGCAGCAGCAGCACUGCGGCCACUAGAGGGAGCUCUAAGGAGAGCAACAUGGGAGCUGCAGCAGGGAUGAAAAGCAGCCUGAGGAAGCCCACAGGACCAAGACCAGCUUCAUCGUCGUCCUCCUCCUCCUCUUCCCCCCCGAGCCCUGGCAGGAGGACUGAGGAGAGGCCAGCCUCCGCCGGCAGGAGCCAGACGAACUCACACAGCAACACAACUUCUCCUAGAAGCAGCCCCUUCCAGACAGAACCGGAGUCAAGUGAGCCCACCGAGUCCGAUCAGGAGGUCGUCACCCACCCCGACGGGAAGGUGGAGACGGCGCUGCCCGGCGGCGGGCGCCUCAUCGUCUUCCCAAACGGGACGAGGAAGGAGGUUUCAGCAGACGGACUGACGGCCAAGGUCACCUUCUUCAACGGAGACACCAAGCAGGUCAUGGCCGACCAGAGAGUGAUCUACUUCUACGCCGAGGCCCAGACGACACACACCACCUACCCCGACGGCAUGGAGGUCCUGCACUUCCCCAACAACCAGACCGAAAAACAUUUCCCAGACGGCCGUAAGGAGAUUGUGUUCCCGGACCAGACAGUGAAGAACCUGUAUCCUGACGGCCGGGAGGAGAGCGUGCUGACAGACGGCACCAUUAUACAGGUCAACCCGGACGGCACCAAGGAGAUCCAGUUCAACACGGGACAAAAGGAGAUCCACACCGCCGACUACAAGAGGAGGGAGUAUCCGGACGGGACGGUGAAGACCGUUUACACCGACGGCCGGCAGGAGACGCACUACCCCACCGGGCGAGUCAGGGUCAAAGAUAAAGAGGGAAACGUCGUUUUGGACAGCAGAGCGUCGCCGACAAACUGAGACCGGCUGAGGUCCUCACACUCGUUUCAGCAGAGCAGGAAACACUGAACACACACACACACACACACACGGCACUCUGCUGAUCCCUGAGGGAGAAGUCGGUCAGUUCGUCUUGCUGCCUCUCCACUGGAAGGUCAAAGGUCACAAUGAAAGAGCCUGACGUGGUCCUAAGCCUCUUAAAUUGGAUUUUAAGUUGAAUUUAUAUUUUAUAUUUUUAUUUUCUCCCCCCGACAGCUUCACAUCAUCUGCUGUUUGUAGAGAAACGUUUUAAAUAAAAUAACACAUGAGGAUA